AGGGCGGUGCACUUCCUGGUUACGGUGCUCCUGCAUGUUGUGUUUGAUCGAUGCCUGGGUCCUUUCUGAAGGAAUGAUUCAUUUCCUUCUGCGAAGAAACUGGAUGUGCCGGAUCCGUCUAGCGCUCACUCUCCUCGGACUCCCUUGCACCUUGGCCUCCUCCUCCGGACCAAGGUCAGCCAUCGCCUGCUCCUCCUUCCCUCCUUUCACCAGCAGCCACACCACCAGACCGAUUUCUUCCAGUAGCUGUCACCUCUACCUGACCAGCGCCCUGACGAUGCCGACCUCAGCGGUUCCUCACGCAGAAUCCAGAUGCCCUCAGUAUCCAGGAUCCAACAUCAAGCGCUUCCCGGUGCCCGAUAACCAGGUGGACUGGACUCAGAACUGGCCGGAGUAUAAACCAGUCAGCCACACCGACUCUGCGGUGGCAAAGAAGCCAGUAUGGGCAGAUCCUGAAAUCGGAUCUUUCAGUCCAAAUUUCAACACUGUGGAUGGUUCUGUGGACAGGACGAGCUUCGAGGGCAGCUACAAGGUUGAAAACGGAAAGCCACUGAAUCCUCGUGGACGCACAGGAGUGAUCGCUAGAGGUCUGCUGGGACGAUGGGGACCCAAUCAUGCAGCAGAUCCAGUUGUCACCAGGUGGAAAGUAGAUGCCAAUGGAGCAAAGAUACAGCACCCAGUCACCAAACUGCCUAUUCUGCAGUUUGUGUCCAUCAAGAGGAAGGACUGUGGGCAGUGGGCCAUCCCUGGGGGGAUGGUGGAUGCAGGGGAGCAGGUCUCUCUCACGCUGCAGCGGGAGUUCUCCGAGGAAGCGUUGAACUCUCUUUCGUUGUCGCCAUCGGAGAAAGCAAAAAUCAAUGAGCGCAUCACGAAACUCUUUAAAUCCACAGGGUUUCAGGUCUAUAAAGGGUAUGUGGAUGAUCCUAGAAACACUGACAAUGCUUGGAUGGAGACCGUCGCGGUCAACUUCCAUGAUGACUCAGGCGACAGUGUGAGCGAGCUGCCGCUGCACGCCGGCGAUGACGCAGGACAAGUCAAGUGGGCUGAUGUGGACUCGUCUUCCACCCUCUAUGCAAGUCAUUCCCAUUUCCUGGAGCUGGUUGCCAAAGAGAGGAAGUCCCACUGGUAACCAAACCGAGACUGUUCUGACAAAACCAUGAAGGAAACACGAACAUGAGCAUCACCACUCUCUGUGAGUGCUGAUAAUUAGAAUGCAUGACAACUAACCCCAUGUACCUCACUAAAUUUAACAUUAAAAUGACAUUUAUGAUAAUGAAAGCCUAAUAAACAUCUCAUUAACUGUACAUGAUGUACAAUAAAUGAUGGACAUUGUGGCUUUGCAGCUUUAAUCUACUAAUGUAGCAGAACUGAUGAAAUGAAUGUAAAACCCCAUUAAGGCCUGAUAUUAACAUUUGUCCUGAGUGAUCCGUUCACAAGUGGCAAGCACUAAGUCCAGGUUGCAGCCAAAUGCCCCAGCUGCACAAGAUUCUCUCUUUCUCUCUCUCCCCCUCUCUCUCUCUCCUCCUCCCCCUCUCUCUUGCUUGCUCACUCACAACAUCACCAUAGUCUGCAACACACACGGAUGCACCUGUAAACUCAGCCUGGCUAAAAAACAACAUUAUGUGGUCCUCACUAACGCAAAUGUCGUACAUAUUUAUUUUCCGGGUGAGUGAGGUUUGAUCACAAGUGGUCCUAGAAGACGCAUUCAGGACGGACUUAACACUGACCACUUGUGAACGGAUCUUUGAACAGGGCCUAAGUAGCAGGUUGAGAGCUCGUUCAAAUGUAUGCUGUUUGAUUUUUGUUAUAGAACAGAAACUAAAAAGAGAGACUGAGGGUGUGAAAACCCCCUCAUGGUGCUCAGUGGCACACUUCACCAAAAGACAAGGCUAACCACAUGAUUUCCACUGGCACAAAUUGUGCUAAUUUAUUCAACGAUAACAAGAAUCACAUUAAAGCCAGUGAAAUCUUGUGAGAACAACCUCAAUGGGCUGCUGAACACAACACAUACAACAUUAAUGGAAGUUCAAUAAGGGGGCAAUCAGGGAGAAAAGUGUGUGGACUGAUUUUGAUGUGUACAUGUGAAUGGAAAAUGAAGAAGUAGAGUGGAGCUCUCUGGGCUGAAGCCAGAGGACAAACACGUUCUCUAGUGGUAACAGUCGGUGGAAGCAAAGGCCAUUUUCACAUUCGACAGCCUGGUCUUUCCAAAUGUUCGCACAAGUAUGUGUCAUCUCACUGGUGAGAAAUGGAGAAUUACGCAUCAAGUGGUUUGCAUCUGUUAGGAUUACUGAGACAAACACUUCUGUCAUCAAAAGGCCGUCAACAACCUGCAUCAUCUUAUGUAUCCAACUUGUUUUCAGGCUGAAUGAACAGAUUAUAUAAUAUGUGACAUAUAUGUUCUGGAUGCUGUAAAGCUAGAGAGCAUGGCCAUUAGGCACUUAGGGGAAAUGGAAGAGAUUGUGGCUGUAAGAUGUCAUUAAAUUAGACGCAAACCAGUUUCAAGAGGCGCCACGAAUCCUAGAAGCUCUUUCUAUUUAGUCCAGUCACUGAUCAGGCCUUAACAUUUGAUAUCCAACAGAUUCCUGGUAUGAAACCUUAAGCAGUGGGUGGAGAGGCUCUGCUGUUGAAAUGUGAUAUUAUAGUAAAAUGUCAAAAUUCUUCUCUACACCCAUGCAGAUUGUGAAAAUUAAAAAAAAAAAAAAUCCCUAUAAUGCCCUGACAAAAAAAAAUUCCUGGAUCUGCCCCUUUGACCUGAUCCAUGCAUAAGGAAUUAUGCUCGGCCCGUGUCGCACCCUUCCCCCAAGUUUCAAGAAAAUCGGUUCGGCGUUCCUGUGUAAUCUUGCUAACAGAUGGGAAUGAAGACACAACCUCCUUAGUGGAGGUACUACAUGAUAGUACAAGUGCAGAGCUUUAUCACAGAUUCUUCAGCCCCCAGCGAUCAAAUAAAUAUAAUUUGAUUAUUUUAUUUAUUGUUACCAAUGUUAUACAUAAGCCUCCGCCGACUGAUUUGCUUGUACGUGCUGAAAUUGAACCAACAGAUGUAAACUUACAAGAUUUGCACUGAAUUUCUGAAGUGUCUUGUGUUUUUAUUGAUUUGAUUCACUUGAAGUAUUAAAUCACAAUAACAUUU